UGAAAGAAGGGAGGUAAGCAGAAGGUGGGUAGCGAGGACGCCGGGCGACCUUAGGUCCAAUUAAGAAGCUCGCUCCUCCUUGCCUGAAUACAUUGAUUGAUAUAGCUGCAUGCAUGCUUCCAUACAGCUAAAUAAGCUAUUUCCAGACUGCGCCGGCGUUGCUGCAUUGAGAACAAGGCCGGCCGGCCAUCGGAGCUAGACAGUCGAUCAAUUAAGGGAAUGGCGCCGCGGAGGAUCCUCAUCAUCAACGGCGCUCUACUGCUGCUCCUCCUGCCCGCACUCAUCGUCGCCGAUGCCGAUGCCAAUGCCGUCCCUUCUUCCUCCUCCGAAGUCGACACCAACACCCUCCAGAUCCCCAACACCAGCAGCAAUGCCGCCGCCCCAUCAUCAUCAUCUAGCGCAGCAGGGGCGGAGUUGAUCAACGGCAGCAGCAAGACGAUCAAGGCCGGCGGGGGGUUCUACCGGGGCAUGUCGCGGGAGUUCGUGGCGGAGCACAACAAGGUGCGCGCCAGGUACGGCGCGCCGCCCCUGGCGUGGGACAAGACACUGGCGAUGUACGCGCGGCGGUGGGCCAACACGGUGCGGCGGGACUGCGGCGACCCGCGGCACUCGGGGGGGAAAUACGGCGAGAGCUUCUUCCUGGGCGCCAAUGGCACCGCCAAGGACGCGCUCUUCAACUGGGAGAAGGAGGAGUUCGUCUACGAUAAGGCCACCCACGGCUGCACCGCCGACCACAGCUUCCAGGACUGCGGCCACUUCGCCAUCAUGGUCAACCCGGAGUUCCGCUGGGUCGGCUGUGGCCGCGCGCUCUGCCUCAAGGGGGAUUAUCCCGACCAGUUCUUCAUCACCUGCAACUAUAACCCCACGCCGCCCUGACUGAUGUCCUUCUUUCAUUCAUUUUAAUUAACACAUCUCAAUCUCACUGGAUCGAUCUAGCUCCUCCUCCUCCCUCCUCAUUGAUUCCACACAAGCACUUCAUUUCAUGUUUCAUGCAAGUCUGCGCAUCUUAAUUUCCCCCCUUCAUUGAUCUUCUGAUUCUUUAUUAACGAGCUUUUUAAUUGUGCCACUGCUAAUUCUUGGUCGAAUUAAGUUUUGGGAAA